CCGUCGCUAGGGAAACCAACGCUGCCAGAGGCCGCGCGAUGACGAGCGCGGAGGAUCUGCCCCUGCUCGCAGCUGAGAAUGCGGGCGAGGAACCCGGCGCUGACCCGAGACUGCGUCUCCUGGGGGUCUACGUGGCUCAGAGCCUGCAGCCGGCGGCGGGGGCUUGGGAGCGCUGCACCGGGACAGCCGAGGCUGAGAAUCUGCUCCAGGCCUUCCUGGGCCGCGAUGUUGCAGAGGGGCCGCGGCCGUUGCUGGUGGUGCGGCCUGGACCCGGGGGCCUGGCUAUGCGACUGGGGAUGGACGAGGGUCCCAAGUCCGGCCCAGUUCGCGCAAAGGGCCUUUUUUUCCUGCGCACCAGGAACGAGCCUCCAGGCCCCAGCACCCUCCGCGGGUCAGUGCUCUGCGGGGACCUGCCUGCCGCGCCUCUGGAGCACCUAGCAGCGCUAUUCUCCAAGGUGGUUGUACCCAUCUUGGCCAAUGAGAAGAACCAUUUAGACUGGCCCCACAUGGUAUGCCAAGAUGUCAGGAGGCAUGCCCACACCCUCCAGUGUGACCUCCUUGUUAUCCUGGAACAACUGAAGGGGAGAACAUUCCUGCCUCUUCCAGUAGGCUCAGAAAAAGUUGAAUUUGUGGAUCCUGAAAGUGAGACAGUCUCGGAUUCCAUAGAUAAGUCAAUCAUCUAUGCCAUUGAGUCUGCAGUGAUCAAGUGGACCCACCAAGUCCAGGUUGUGCUUAAGAGAGAGUCUUCUCAACCAUUCCUACAAGGGGAGAAUCCCACCCCCAAGGUGGAACUGGAGUUCUGGAAGAAAAGGUAUGAGGAUCUGGAAUACAUUUAUAAUCAGCUGAGAACUAUUAAGGUGAGGGCCAUGGCUGGCCUCCUGGACAAGCUUCAAAGCAGCUACUUCCCAGCUUUCAAAGCCAUGUUCAAAGAUGUUGUAGCAGCACUGACAGAGGCUCAAAACAUCCACUUGCACCUGUCACCGCUCCAAGGCCACCUGGAAGCCCUGGAAAGUGUGGAGUUUCCUGAGGUGAAGCCCCGGCUGCAGCUCCUGCUCCAUGUGGUCUGCCUGAUUUGGGCUACAUGCAAGUGCUACCGCUCUCCAGGGAGGCUCACUGUGCUGCUCCAAGAGAUGUGCAACCUUCUCAUCGAGCAGGCUUCUAACUACCUCAGCCCAGAAGAUCUUCUGAGAAGUGAGAUAGAAGAAAGUCAGAGAAAACUGCAGGUGGUCUUGGAUACUUUGGGUUUCUUCAAGCAGGUGUUUCAAGACAGAAGGGAGAAUCUCCAUACUUACUUCAAAGAGAAGGAGGAAGUCAAGGAAUGGGAUUUCCAGUCUUCUUUGGUCUUUGUGCGACUGGAUGGCUUCCUGGACAGACUGCAUAUGGUGGAGGAUCUUCUGAAGACAGCCUUGGAUUUCCACAAACUGGGAAAGCUUGAGUUUAGUGGCAUCAGGGGGAACACCCUGAGUCAGCUGGUGCACCAAAUGUACGAGGAAUUCCAAGAGAUGUACAAGGUCUUCUCUGAGUGCUCCUACGACUUCUUGGACUCCCACAGCAGGGAAUUUGUAAAUGACUUCUCUGGAUUUAACCAGAAAGUAGAAGAUCUUGACCGAAGAUUGGGGACUAUCUUUAUUCAAGCUUUUGAUGAUACACCUGACUUGGAGCAUGCCUUUAAGCUGCUAGACAUAGCAGGAAACCUCCUUGAAAGACCAUUGGUAACACAAGAUACAUCAGAUAAAUACCUUGCCCUCAUCAGAAUGUUCAACAAAGACCUAGAUGCCGUGAGGAUAAUCUACAAUCAGCAUGUCCAGGAGGAGGCAGAGUUUGGGUUCUCAUCAGUACACAAGAACAUGCCUGCCCUGGCUGGGGGCCUCCGGUGGGCACAGGAGCUGAGGCAGCGCAUCCAGGGUCCUUUCAGCAACUUCAGACGCAUCACAUAUCCUUGCAUGGAAUCUGCUGAAGGAAAGCGAAUGAUACAACAAUAUGAAGAUAUAUUGUCAUUGCUGGAAAAGUAUGAAACAAGACUUUAUGAGGAUUGGUGUCACUCAGUAUCAGAGAAGUCACAGUACAACCUCUCCCAACCACUUCUGCAACGUGACCCUCAGACAAAGGAGAUCACUGUCAACUUUAACCCACAGCUGAUUUCAGUGCUGAAAGAAAUGAGCUAUCUUGAGCCCAGAGAUAUGAAUCGCAUCCCUGAGACAGCAGCAGCCAUGUUAUCCUCCAGGGAAUUCUAUCGGCAGCUUGUGGCCAACUUGGACUUGAUGGCAAAUUGGUACAACAAGGUUGUGACAACUCUGCUAGAGGUGGAAGCUCCAUUAGUGGAGGGAGAGCUGCAAAAUAUCGAUCUCUGCCUGAGAGCUGCAGAGGAGACUCUCAACUGGAAAACAGAAGGAAUUUGGGAUUAUGUUAUUCAAAUCACCAAUAGUAUUCAUGAUCUUGAACAAAGAAUUCAGAAAACUAAAGACAAUGUAGAAGAGAUUCAAAACAUCAUGACAAAAUGGAUGACUCCGAUAUUUAAGAGAAAAGAUGGAAAAAGGGAAUGCCUUCUCUCUCUGGAUGACCAACACGAUCGAAUUGAAAAAUAUUACAAUCUCAUCAAAGAAUCUGGCUUUAAAAUUCAUGCCCUUGUUCAGGAAAACUUGGGUCUAUUUUCAGCAAACCCAGCCUCCAGUGUCUGGAAGAGUUAUGUUAACUAUAUUGAUGACAUGUUGCAGAAUGGAUUAUUUCUUGCCAUUAAGUGCUCACUCAAAUUCCUCUUGGAAAACACUGAGUGUAAGAUGGGACUCACCCCAAUAUUUGAAGCACAACUCAGCCUCAACAUCCCAGAAUUAGUUUUCCAUCCCUCUCUGGAGUCUGGAGUGAAGGGGGGCUUCUAUGACAUUGUUGAGAAUCUCAUCACUAGCAUUUUUGGGAUAUCAUCUCUGGUGCCACGGCUUUCCCUGAAAAAUGGCUCUCCCCACUAUCAGGUCGCACUGGAGGGCAUGGCCGACCUGGCAAGCAUGCGGAACACGCUCAUGCAGAGGGUCCAGAGCAUGAUGACCCUCUGCAGUGGCUAUCUGAACACAUUCAGCCAGUAUUCCUACCUUUAUGUGGAGGACCGUAAGGAGAUUUUGGGUCAGUUUCUGUUGUAUGGUCAUGUCCUCACACCCGAGGAGAUUGACGCUCAUGCAGAAGAUGGCAUCCCAGAGAGUCCACCCCUCCUACAUCAGUACAAAGCACAAAUUGACUCCUAUGAGAAGCUCUAUGAAGAGGUGUGCAGACUGGAGCCCACCAAAGUGUUUGACAGCUGGAUGGAAAUCAAUGUACGGCCCUUUAAGGCAUCUCUGAUGAAUAUAAUUAAAAAGUGGAGCCUCAUGUUUAAACAGCAUCUCGUUGACCAUGUCACUAACAGCCUGGAUGACCUUGAAGCAUUCAUAAAAAGCAGUGAAUGUGGCUUGCUCAAGAAAGUUGAGCAAGGAGAUUUCCAAGGAUUGGUUGAGAUCAUUGGACACCUUGUAGCCCUUAAAGAACGGCAGAGCAGCACCAAUGAAAUGUUUGAGCCCCUCAAGCAAACCAUUGAAUUACUGAAGACCUACGACCAAGAAUUGCCAGAAGCUGUGUUUAAGCAACUGGAGGAGCUACCUGAGAAAUGGAACCACAUAAAGAAGCUGGCUGUCACUGUGAGGCAGCAGGUGGCCCCACUGCAGGCGAAUGAAGUGACCAUCCUUCGCCAGAGGUGCACAGCCUUUGAUGUGGAGCAGCAGCAGUUCUGGGAGCGAUUCCACAAAGAGGCUCCCUUCAGGUUUGAUAGCAUUGCUCCUCAUCAAAUCCUGGAUAUGAGACACAUCGAAAUCCAACAGAUGGAAUCCACCAUGGCCUCCAUCUCUGAGUCUGCUGGUUUGUUUGAAGUCAAUGUCCCUGACUACAGGCAACUAAAGAAGUGCAGAAAGGAGGCCUGCCAGCUGAAGGACCUAUGGGACACCAUUGGCAUGGUGACCUCCAGCAUCCAUGGCUGGGAAACCACUGCGUGGAGGGACAUCAGUGUGGAAGCCAUGGACAUGGAAUGCAAACGGUUUGCCUGGCUUAUCCGUAACCUAGACAAGGAGGUCAGGGCCUGGGAUGCCUUCGUGGGCCUGGAAAGAACUGUAUUAAACACACUAACCUCCCUGAGGGCAGUAGCUGAGCUGCAGAAUCCUGCCAUCCGGGAACGACACUGGAGACAGCUGAUGCAGGCCACAGGUGUGAGCUUUACCAUGGACAAAGACACCACCCUGGCCCACCUUCUGCAGCUCCAGUUGCACCUCUUUGAGGAUGAAGUCCGGGGCAUUGUGGACAAAGCUGUGAAAGAAAUGGAGAUGGAGAAGGUCUUAAGGGAGCUGCAGAGCACCUGGGCUGGUAUGGAAUUCCAGUACGAGCCCCACCUGCGGACCCAGGUCCCCCUUUUGAAGUCUGAUGAGAACCUUAUCGAAGUUCUAGAGGAUAAUCAAGUCCAACUUCAGAACCUGAUGAUGUCCAAGUAUGUUGCUUUCUUCCUGGAAGAAGUAUCAGGCUGGCAGAAGAAGCUGUCCACUGCUGAUGCUGUCAUCUCUAUCUGGUUUGAGGUGCAGCGCACAUGGUCUCACCUGGAAAGUAUAUUCAUUGGAUCUGAAGAUAUCCGUGCUCAGCUACCCCAGGACUCUAAAAGAUUUGAAGGUAUUGACACUGACUUUAAAGAGCUAGCUUAUGAUGCUCAGAAAACCCCAAAUGUAGUGGAAGCCACAAACAAAUCAGGUCUUUAUGAAAAACUGGAGGAUCUGCAGAGCAGAUUGUGCCUGUGUGAGAAGGCUCUGGCAGAGUACCUAGACACCAAGAGACUUGCCUUCCCUCGAUUUUACUUUCUCUCCUCAUCUGAUCUGCUAGACAUUCUUUCCAAUGGCACAGCUCCACAGCAGGUACAACGUCACCUUUCCAAACUAUUUGACAAUAUGGCCAAGAUGCAAUUCCAGCUAGAUGCCAGUGACAAUCCAACCAAGACAAGUCUUGGAAUGUAUAGCAAAGAAGAAGAAUAUGUGGCCUUCAGUGAGCCCUGUGACUGUAGUGGGCAGGUAGAACUAUGGUUGAACAAUGUGCUUACUCACAUGAAGGCCACUGUGAGACAUGAGAUGACAGAAGGAGUGACUGUCUAUGAGGAAAAGCCAAGGGAACAGUGGCUCUUUGACUAUCCAGCUCAGGUUGCCCUGACCUGCACUCAGAUCUGGUGGACAACAGAGGUGGGCAUCGCAUUUGCCAGGCUAGAGGAAGGUUAUGAGAAUGCCAUGAAAGACUACUACAAGAAGCAAGUGGCCCAGCUCAAAACUCUCAUCACCAUGUUGAUUGGCCAGCUCUCUAAGGGAGACCGCCAAAAGAUCAUGACUAUAUGCACCAUUGAUGUGCACGCCCGAGAUGUGGUGGCCAAGAUGAUUGCUCAAAAGGUGGACAAUGCCCAGGCUUUCCUCUGGUUGUCUCAGCUGCGCCACCGUUGGGAUGAUGAGGCCAGGCACUGCUUUGCUAACAUCUGUGAUGCCCAGUUUCUAUAUUCCUAUGAGUACCUGGGAAACACGCCCCGCCUGGUGAUCACACCUUUGACUGACAGGUGCUACAUCACUCUCACCCAGUCUCUGCACCUGACCAUGAGUGGGGCUCCAGCAGGACCUGCAGGCACAGGCAAGACGGAGACAACCAAGGACCUGGGCCGAGCACUGGGCAUCAUGGUCUAUGUGUUUAACUGCUCGGAGCAGAUGGACUACAAGUCUUGUGGAAACAUCUACAAAGGCCUUGCUCAGACCGGUGCCUGGGGCUGCUUUGAUGAGUUUAAUCGAAUCUCUGUGGAGGUCUUGUCUGUAGUGGCAGUGCAGGUUAAAAGCAUCCAAGAUGCGAUUAGAGAUAAGAAGCAGCAGUUCAACUUCCUGGGGGAGGAGAUUAAGCUGAAUCUUUCUGUGGGCAUCUUCAUCACUAUGAACCCAGGCUACGCUGGCCGUGCAGAGCUGCCUGAAAACCUCAAGGCUCUAUUCAGGCCAUGCGCGAUGGUUGUCCCAGACUUUGAGUUGAUCUGCGAGAUCAUGCUGGUGGCAGAAGGAUUCAUUGAAGCCCGGAUAUUAGCCAGAAAGUUCAUCACCCUUUACCAGUUGUGCAAAGAACUUCUCUCCAAACAGGAUCACUAUGACUGGGGCCUGCGGGCCAUCAAGUCUGUACUCAUGGUAGCAGGAUCACUAAAGCGAGGAGACCCUGACCGGCCUGAAGACCAGGUCCUGAUGCGCUCCUUACGAGACUUCAACAUCCCCAAGAUUGUGACUGAUGACAUGCCUGUGUUCAUGGGCCUGAUUGGGGACCUCUUUCCCACCCUGGAGGUGCCCCGGAGGAGAGACCUGAACUUUGAGGCUUUGGUGAGGAAGGCAGUUGUGGACCUGAAGCUGCAAGCUGAGGACAACUUUGUGCUCAAGGUGGUCCAGCUGGAGGAGUUGCUGGCUGUGCGGCACUCUGUGUUUGUGGUGGGUGCCACCGGCACUGGCAAGUCACAAGUGCUGAGAUCCUUGCACAAGACCUAUCAGAUCAUGAAGCGCCGCCCCGUCUGGACUGACCUCAAUCCCAAAGCAGUCACAAAUGACGAACUCUUUGGCAUCAUCAAUCCAGCCACACGAGAAUGGAAGGAUGGAUUGUUCUCCUCCAUCAUGCGGGAUCUUGCCAACAUUUCCCAUGAUGGACCCAAAUGGAUUUUACUGGAUGGUGACAUAGAUCCAAUGUGGAUUGAGUCUCUGAACACUGUCAUGGAUGACAACAAGGUGCUGACCUUGGCGAGCAACGAGAGGAUCCCUCUCAACCCCACCAUGCGGCUCCUCUUUGAGAUCAGCCACCUGCACACAGCCACUCCAGCAACCGUCUCCAGAGCAGGGAUCUUAUACAUCAACCCUGCAGACCUCGGAUGGAACCCUCCAGUGAUCAGCUGGAUUGACCAGAGGGAAAUCCAGACAGAGAGAGCCAACCUAACCAUUCUGUUUGACAAGUAUCUUCCAACCUGCUUAGACACACUCAGAACCAGAUUUAAGAAGAUAAUUCCAGUCCCAGAGCAAACCAUGGUUCAGAUGGUGUGCCAUCUUCUUGAGUGUCUCCUGACCAAGGAGGACAUCCCUGCAGACUGCCCCAAGGAGAUCUAUGAGCUUUAUUUUGUGUUUGCUGCCAUCUGGGCUUUUGGAGGGGCAGUGGUCCAAGAUCAGCUUGUGGACUACCGGGCAGAGUUCAGCAAAUGGUGGCUGACUGAGUUCAAGACAGUCAAGUUUCCUUCCCAAGGAACCAUCUUUGACUACUACAUAGACCCAGAAACCAAGAAAUUUGAGCCUUGGUCCAAGCUCAUCCCCCAGUUUGAAUUUGACCCUGAGAUGCCUUUGCAGGCGUGUUUGGUGCACACAAGUGAGACUAUCCGAGUUUGCUACUUCCUGGAACGGCUCAUGGAGCGACGGCUGCCCGUCAUGCUGGUGGGCAAUGCAGGCACUGGCAAGUCAGUGCUGGUGGCAGCUAAGCUGGCCAGCCUCAACCCUGAGGAAUACCUGGUGAAAAAUGUGCCUUUCAACUAUUACACCACAUCUGCAAUGCUUCAGGCUGUCCUGGAGAAACCUCUAGAAAAGAAAGCUGGAAGAAAUUAUGGGCCCCCAGGGAACAAGAAGCUCAUCUAUUUCAUUGAUGACAUGAAUAUGCCUGAAGUAGAUGCCUAUGGGACAGUACAGCCCCACACCAUCAUCAGGCAGCAUCUGGACUAUGGCCACUGGUAUGAUCGGAACAAACUGUCCCUAAAGGAGAUCAGGAAUGUACAGUAUGUUUCCUGUAUGAACCCCACCGCGGGCAGCUUCACCAUCAACCCACGGCUUCAGCGCCACUUCAGUGUGUUUGUCCUCUCCUUUCCGGGAGCAGAUGCCCUCUCCUCCAUCUACAGCACCAUCCUGACCCAGCAUCUGAAGCUGGGAAACUUCCCAGCCUCCCUGCAGAAAUCCAUCCCCCAGCUGAUCAACCUGGCUUUCACCUUCCACCAGAAAAUUGCCACUACCUUCUUGCCCACAGUGAUCAAAUUCCACUACAUUUUCAAUCUCAGAGAUUUUGCCAACAUUUUUCAGGGCAUUCUUUUCGCCUCAGUAGAAUGUGUAAAAUCCAUACAGGAUCUAGUAAAGCUCUAUCUUCAUGAAUCAAAUCGGGUUUAUCGGGAUAAGAUGAUGGAAGAAAAGGACUUUGAUCUCUUUGAUAAAAUCCAGACAGAAGUACUCAAGAAAAUCUUUGAUGAUAUUGAAGAGACCCUGGAGCAGACCCGAAGCCUGAACAUGUAUUGCCACUUUGCAAACGGUAUUGGUGAGCCCAAGUAUAUGCCAGUACAGUCAUGGGAAGUGUUGACCCAGACACUGGCAGAAGCCUUGGAAAACCACAACGAGGUCAACACGGUGAUGGACCUGGUUCUCUUUGAGGAUGCCAUGUGCCAUGUCUGCCGUAUCAGUCGCAUCUUGGAGUCCCCUCGGGGAAAUGCUCUGCUGGUUGGUGUGGGUGGGAGUGGCAAGCAGAGUCUGACCAGGCUUGCAGCUUUCGUCAGCUCCAUGGAUGUAUUCCAGAUCACACUGCGCAAAGGCUACCAGAUCCCUGACUUCAAGGUGGACCUGGCCAGCCUGUGUCUGAAAGCUGGGGUAAAGAAUCUCAGCACAGUGUUCCUCAUGACUGAUGCCCAGGUGGCUGAUGAAAGGUUCCUUGUGCUCAUCAAUGAUCUUUUGGCAUCCGCAGAGAUCCCAGACCUCUACUCAGAUGAUGAAGUUGAAAACAUCAUAAGCAAUGUGAGGAAUGAAGUCAAGAGCCAAGGUCUGGUUGACAACAGAGAGAACUGUUGGAAGUUUUUCAUAGAUCGUGUCCAGCGACGCCUGAAGGUGGCUCUCUGUUUCUCCCCUGUGGGGAACAAGCUAAGACUCCGCAGCAGGAAGUUCCCAGCCAUUGUAAACUGCACAGCCAUCAACUGGUUCCAUGAGUGGCCUCAGCAGGCACUGGAGUCCGUCAGCCUUCGCUUCCUGCAGAACACAGACAGCAUUGAGCCUACAGUAAAGCAAUCAAUUAGCAAAUUCAUGGCCUUUGUCCACACAAGUGUCAACCGAACAUCCCAGUCUUAUCUGAGCAAUGAGCAGCACUACAACUACACAACUCCCAAAUCCUUUCUGGAGUUCAUCAGACUCUACCAGAGCCUUUUGCACAAGAAUGGAAAAGAGCUCAAGUCCAAAAUGGAGCGGCUUGAGAAUGGGCUGCUGAAGCUCCACAGCACCUCUGCCCAGGUGGAUGAUCUGAAAGCCAAGCUAGCCACCCAGGAAGUAGAGCUGAAGCAGAAGAAUGAAGCCGCAGACAAAUUGAUUCAGGUGGUUGGUGUGGAAACUGAGAAGGUGAGCAGAGAGAAAGCCAUCGCAGAUGAAGAGGAGCAGAAGGUGGCCCUUAUCAUGCUAGAGGUGAAGCAGAAGCAGAAGGACUGUGAGGAAGACCUGGCUAAAGCAGAGCCAGCACUCAUAGCAGCUCAGGAAGCUCUCAACACCCUCAACAAGACCAACCUGACAGAGCUGAAGUCAUUCGGUUCCCCGCCUCUGGCCGUCAGCAAUGUCAGUGCUGCAGUGAUGGUGCUCAUGGCCCCAGGAGGCAAGGUGCCCAAGGACCGGAGCUGGAAGGCUGCCAAAGUCACUAUGGCCAAAGUGGACAGCUUCCUGGAUUCCCUAAUCAACUUCGACAAGGAGAACAUUCCCGAGAGUUGCCUCAGAGCCAUCAGGCCAUACCUGCAGGAUCCUGAGUUCAACCCUGAGUUCGUGGCCAGCAAGUCCUAUGCAGCUGCAGGCCUCUGCUCUUGGGUUAUAAACAUUGUGAGAUUCUACGAGGUGUUCUGUGAUGUGGAACCCAAACGCCAAGCAUUAAGCAAAGCCACCUCAGACCUCAUAGCUGCCCAGGAGAAGUUGGCAGCCAUCAAAGCCAAGAUCGCUCACCUUAAUGAAAACUUGGCAAAGCUCACCACCAAGUUUGAGAAAGCAACAGCAGAUAAACUCAAAUGUCAGCAAGAAGCGGAAGUGACUGCAGGCACCAUCUCCCUUGCAAACCGCCUGGUUGGAGGACUCACUUCCGAAAAUGUGAGGUGGGCAGAAGCUGUGCAGAACUUCAAACAACAGGAAAGGACGUUAUGUGGAGACAUUUUACUCAUUACCGCUUUCGUUUCAUACCUUGGCUUCUUUACAAAAAAAUACCGCCAGAGCCUCAUGGAUGGAACCUGGAGACCUUACCUGAGCCAGCUGGAGGUUCCCAUCCCAGUCACCCCAACCCUGGACCCACUGAGGAUGCUGACAGAUGACGCUGACGUGGCUGCCUGGCAGAACGAGGGCCUCCCUGCAGACCGAAUGUCUGUAGAGAAUGCCACCAUCCUCACCAACUGUGAGCGCUGGCCGCUCAUGGUGGACCCUCAGCUGCAAGGCAUCAAGUGGGUCAAGAACAGAUAUGGAGAAGACCUUCGGGUGACCCAAAUUGGCCGGAAAGGCUACCUUCAAACCAUAGAGCGCGCCCUGGAUGCUGGAGACGUGGUGCUGAUCGAAAACCUGGAAGAGUCCAUUGAUCCUGUUCUGGGACCUCUGCUUGGGAGAGAAGUUAUUAAAAAAGGACGAUUCAUCAAAAUUGGAGACAAAGAGUGUGAAUACAAUCCCAAAUUCCGGCUCAUCCUCCACACCAAGCUGGCCAAUCCUCACUACCAGCCUGAACUGCAGGCUCAAGCCACCCUGAUCAACUUCACUGUGACCAGGGAUGGUCUAGAGGACCAGUUGCUGGCCGCUGUGGUCAGCAUGGAGAGGCCAGACCUGGAGCAUCUGAAGUCAGAUCUCACAAAGCAGCAGAAUGGAUUCAAAAUCACACUCAAAACAUUAGAAGACAAUCUGCUUUCUCAUCUCUCCUUGGCAUCUGGGAACUUCCUGGGAGAAACAGCCUUGGUGGAGAACCUAGAGAUCACCAAGCAGACAGCUGCAGAAGUGGAGAAAAAGGUCCAGGAGGCCAAGGUGACUGAAGUAAAAAUCAAUGAGGCCCGAGAACACUACCGGCCAGCAGCUGCCCGGGCCUCUCUCCUCUACUUCAUCAUGAACAACCUCAGCAAGAUUCACCCAAUGUACCAGUUCUCUCUUAAGGCCUUCAGCAUCGUCUUCCAGAAGGCUGUGGAGAGGGCUACUCCUGAUGAGAGCCUCAGGGAGCGGGUGACCAAUCUAAUAGACAGCAUAACCUUCUCUGUGUACCAGUUCACCGCCCGUGGGCUCUUCGAGCGUGAUAAGCUGACCUACCUUGCUCAGCUCACCUUUCAGAUUCUUCUCAUGAAUCAGGAAGUCAAUGCAGCAGAGUUGGAUUUCUUGCUUCGAUCUCCAGUGCAGACAGGCACACCCAGCCCAGUGGAGUUUCUCUCCCAUCAGGCCUGGGGAGCCAUCAAGGCACUUUCAUCAAUGGAAGAAUUCUGUAACCUGGAUCGGGACAUUGAGGGAUCUGCCAAAAGCUGGAAAAAGUUCGUGGAGUCAGAGUGUCCUGAAAAGGAGAAGUUCCCCCAGGAGUGGAAGAACAAGACAGCCCUGCAGCGCCUCUGCAUGAUGAGGGCCAUGCGUCCUGACCGGAUGACCUACGCCAUGCGAGAUUUUAUUGAGGAGAAGUUAGGAAGCAAAUAUGUAGUGGGGAGACCACUAGAUUUUGCAUCCUCAUUUGAAGAAUCAGGACCAGCCACUCCCAUGUUUUUUAUCCUGUCUCCAGGGGUAGACCCACUGAAGGAUGUGGAAACUCAAGGAAGAAAACUCGGAUAUACUUUUAACAAUCGGAACUUUCACAACGUGUCUUUGGGACAAGGACAGGAGAUUGUGGCUGAAGCUGCAUUAGACCUAGCUGCCAAGAAAGGCCACUGGGUUAUUUUGCAGAACAUCCACCUGGUAGCCAAAUGGCUCAGCACCCUGGAGAAGAAGCUGGAGGAGCACAGUGAGAACAGCCAUCCAGAGUUCAGGGUCUUCAUCAGUGCCGAGCCUGCGCCCUUCCCUGAGGGCCACAUCAUCCCUCAGGGCAUCCUGGAGAACUCCAUUAAGAUCACCAAUGAGCCCCCCACGGGUAUGCAUGCCAACCUGCACAAGGCCCUGGACAAUUUCACUCAGGACACUCUGGAGAUGUGUUCCAGAGAGACAGAGUUUAAGAGCAUCCUCUUUGCUCUUUGUUACUUUCAUGCAGUGGUGGCAGAAAGGCGAAAGUUUGGGCCCCAGGGAUGGAAUCGAUCCUAUCCCUUCAACAUUGGGGACCUCACCAUCUCUGUGCAUGUGCUGUACAACUUCCUGGAGGCCAAUGCAAAGGUGCCCUAUGAUGAUCUGCGUUACCUGUUCGGUGAGAUCAUGUAUGGAGGCCAUAUCACAGAUGACUGGGACAGGAGGCUCUGCAGAACUUAUCUGGAGGAAUUCAUUAAACCAGAUAUGCUAGAAGGGGAACUGUACCUGGCCCCGGGGUUCCCACUCCCAGGCAAUAUGGACUACAAUGGUUACCACCAGGUCAAGGCCCUUCUGGAAGAAAUAUUGGAACGAGUGACAGAUGAGUUUAACAUUCCAGAGCUGAUGAGCAAAGUAGAGGAGCAUACCCCCUACGUUGUGGUUGCCUUACAGGAGUGUGAGUGGAUGAACAAUCUCACCAGGGAGAUUCAGCGCUCACUGUGGGAGCUGGACCUGGGAUUAAAGGGGGAGCUAACCAUGACUAGCGACAUGGAAAAUUUACAGAACGCCCUGUACCUCAACACAGUGCCAGAGCCCUGGGCCAGGCGAGCCUAUCCUUCUACAGCAGGCCUGGCAGCCUGGUUUCUGGACCUCCUCAACCGUAUCAAGGAGUUGGAGGCUUGGACGGGUGACUUUGCAAUGCCCUCCACUGUGUGGCUGACAGGCUUCUUCAAUCCCCAGUCUUUCCUGACUGCCAUCAUGCAGUCUAUGGCCCGCAAGAAUGAAUGGCCACUGGACCAGAUGGCCCUACAAUGUGAUGUGACAAAGAAGAACAAAGAGGAGCUCAGGAGCCCUCCUCGGGAAGGAGCCUACGUCCAUGGCCUCUUCAUGGAAGGUGCCCGCUGGGAUACACAGGCUGGGAUCAUUACGGAGGCAAAGCUGAAGGAUCUGACACCUCCCAUGCCUGUGAUGUUCAUCAAGGCCAUUCCUGCAGAUAAACAGGAUUGCCGCAAUGUCUAUUCUUGCCCUGUGUACAAGACUUGUCAGCGGGGACCCACCUACGUGUGGACUUUCAACUUGAAGACUAAGGAAAAUCCAUCCAAGUGGGUUCUAGCAGGAGUAGCCUUGCUUCUCCAGAUUUAGCUUUCUGAAGAGCCACUGAGAAAACAUGGAAGGAGGGUGAGCUAGAGAUUCUCUGAAGACAGGUAGGUGAGGAGUGACCACAAACACUUAGAAGGUAAGAAAUGAGCACUCAACUUCUGUAGAACUCUGCCUGGAAACUGGUGCCCAAAGUGAGACUGAGCCCAGGAACUACUGGAAAAAAAUUUUGUAGUACUAACCUUUCCUAAUAAAGUGAUUGAUUAUUCAA